UGCGGACGUCCAACAGCUGAUAAUAAAUAUAAAAAGUUGUUGACAAUUAUGUUAGGUUCAUGAGGUAUUUUGGGUUUUACUCCAUUCGAGAUCCACCACGGUUAAUCGACUUGCCGUAACUGGAGUUGAUUCUUUUCGAGGCCGAAUUCGCAAAAUGGCACUGCUCUACUGCGCUCAUAAACCAAUGAAACUACUGUGGUUUCAGUGGUGCCAAACGAGAUUUAUGUAUAUGAAAAAGGCUGAAAUUUAUAAGAAAUGCUUCACUGUCCUUGGCCUUCAAGAAAAUGCUGACCAAAAUACAGUUCGCCGAAGAUAUAUCGAACUCGUUAAAAAAGUUCAUCCAGACAGCGGUUCUCCCGAAGCUUCACAGGAAAGAUUUCAGGAAGUCGAUAACGCUUUCAAAAUUCUACAAGGGAAGUUCGCCAAAAAUCGUCGCGGAAUAUAUGAUGAAGAGGAAGAGGCUAAAAUAUUCGAUAUCAAGCACACAGCACCGCAACAUCGUCAAUAUCUAUCGUUUGAAGGUAUUGGUUUUGGGACACCAUCACAGCGUCAACGACAAUACGAACAGUUCAAAGUCCUAAAGGUGCAGGAGCGAAUUUUAGAGCAUCGUGUACAAAAAGUACAAGCCAAAAGUGGGGAUAUCAUGAAGAAAACUUCGCAGCAUAAUAUCAAAACGAAAUACGGUUUCGAUCGAGUUGUUGAGGACUUAAUACAAGAGGCUAUGUCGAAGGGUGACUUCAACAAUCUUUCUGGAGCUGGAAAGCCUCUUUCUGACGCGCAGGCCCAAAACCCUUAUUUAGACUUUACCACGCAUAAACUUAACAAAAUCUUAAUAGACAAUGGAUUCACCCCAGAGUGGAUAAUGUUGCAGCGCGACAUACGCAACGAAGCUGAUAAAUUACGAGACAGUCUCAUUGACCAUCGGCAAUAUCUUGGUGCAACGCCACUUUGUGAUACGGAUCGAAGCAAAUGGGAGUUGAUAGUAGCAAGUUUUAAGGAUGACGUCGAGAAGAUAAAUAAAAUGAUUGAUAAGUUCAACUUGAUUGUUCCGUUAAUGAACAAACAAAUGUUUAGGAUUAAAUUGAAUGACGUCGCAAAUGAUAUUUUGAAUGAUGAUACGAUCCCACAUAGUAAGGAGAGGGUGAGUGAUGAUAAGACUGUGAUAAAGGAGAAUCCGCAAACAAAUUUUCUAACGUUUUUCUGGUCAUUGUUUUAAACGUUUGUUGAUUUGGAAGAUAAAAGUCUAUUUAUAUAGUU